AUGAUCAGAGGCAAGUGGACAGAGAGGAGCUUGCUGCCUUCUGAAUCCAACUUCCCACGGAGAGAGACGAACGCGUAUGCUGGUGCAAACGCGCUGACGGCCUUCUCCGGCCCGCCAAACGCUCACGCGAAGGCCACCGAUGUCCUGGCUUCGCCGCAGUCCCUUCCACCUUUCGCCCAACUAGCUGGAGGCGUACGCGCGGCCGGAGGCGCGGCGGCGGAGGCAGGGGCCCCGGGGGGACCUGGCGCGGCGGCGGGGGGAAAGCGAGGCAGGGGCGAAGGAGGAGACGCAACUGGAGAUAGAACGAAAAAGAGCAGAAGGCGCGUGAAGCAGCAGGGAGAGGAAGCCUUAGGAGCCGACGUCGGUCCGGCGACAGACGCAUGGGUGCCUGUGUCUCCGCCGACGUCGCAGCCUCCCGCGAAACGAGCGCGGGCCACGAAGAAAGAGACUGAUGGGCAUGUGGGGCGGGAAUGCAGAGAGAAGAAGGGGACACGGAGGUCUCGCGGGACGGCGAGUCAGCAGGGGAGGAAGAGACAGAAAGAGCGACGAGAGAAGCAAGAGACAGAAGGGCCGGCUGGCACCCCUGGCCGACAACGGAGACUCAGUGGAGACGCUAAUUGCAAGGCUGGGCGAACGAACGAACACACAAAACUGUCUGCCUCUCAAGCGAAGGGAAGAGCUGGAACGGCAUCUGGGAAGAACGAGGCUGAGUUCGACGAUCAGCCUUUCUCCUACUCGGACUCGCAUCAAGCAACCUCCUCUAGCUCUUGCUCUCGUCCUUCCAUCUCGUCUGUCUCUGCUGCUGCCUCAUCGUCUUCUUUGUCUUUGUCUGCGUCCUUCGCGUCUGGCAACCCUCACCCCGACUCCGGAGGUGGAUGGAGGGCCCCCGGUUACCCGCGGGACAUUGACGUUCUUCCGUCAGGGCUGCGCUGCAAUCUCAACGCUCAGCUCGCCUCCCUCGCUGCGUCCGCCUCUUCUUUGUCUUCUUCCUCUGCUUCCCCUUCGUCCUCUGUUUUGUCUUCCUCCGCCUCGUCGGAAAGCCUGUCUCUCGCGCGCUAUCGCAAGCUGCCUGUGUCUCUCUUGGGAGGUCUCCUAGGGCCGGCCGGCCUCGCGACGGCGCGCGAAGAGGAGGCGAGAGACAGGCGCCUGCAGGAGGCGAGAGCGAAGGCGAGCAGGAGCGGGUGCGGAGACACGAACGGUGCCGGCGAAAGAAGGGCGGCGGCUGCCUCGUCUCCGUUGACAGUGGCGGCCUUUGCCCGUCUCCACCGCGACUGCGUCGCGCAUCGCCUCCCGCCCGCACCUCCAGUCGGCGCGUCGCCGCGUCUGCCGCCUUCCGGCGCUCUGCGAAAAGGGGAGAAAGCCUCGCCGUUCGGUCCGCCCCGAGACGCUGCGCGCGACGAAGAGAUCGAGAAGUUCGAGACGCGGGACGUCCUGCAAGAGCUGCUCGAUCAGGCGCGCGCAAAGGCGGAGCGCCGGAAGCGCGAACGCAUGCAGGCUCUGGAGAGACAGCGAGAGGAAGCGCUGCGGCUGGAGCGAGAGACGCAGGCCGCGAAGGCGCGCGAGUCCGCAGAGACAGCUUACGCGAGAGGAGACGCUUUCCGAGCCGACGAAGCCUCCACGGUCCCUUCGGAGUCGCGAGCAAAGCGGAUUCUCGUGGGGCCGCAUGCGUGCCUUUCAGGGCGCUCGUCAGAGGCGCGAUUUCAGCCAGACGAGGUCGAUUUGUUCGGAGACAGAGACGUCCCGCGUUUCAGCCGGGAGGCCAGCGCAGCGCCGCAUGCGACGGCUUCUGUGUCUGCCGCGUCAGCUGCGUCGCAGCCCUCUCACGCGUCCGUCAGCUCGGGCGCGUCCUCGACCUUCCGCAGCAACUUCCGAGUCGGCCGCGACGACUACGACGCCUGGGCCGCCGGGAAUGUGCGCGUCAACACGGCGAGCCGGAACUGGGAAGGCGACCGGAGCUUCGAGUGGGACUCGAAGAUCCACCAGUGCAACCAGGAGGUUUUCGGCAACCGCUCCUUCAGGCCCAUGCAGCGCGCGAUCAUCAACGCCGUGCUGAGCCAGCGCGACGUUUUCGUCAUGAUGCCGACCGGCGGCGGGAAGUCGCUCUGUUUCCAACUCCCUGCGGUCGUCUCGGGAGGCGUCACAGUCGUCGUGAUGCCCCUAGUCUCCCUCAUCACGGACCAGCUGGAGCAGAUGCAGCUGCUGAAUGUGGGCUGUCGCGCCUUCGCCGCCAAUCAGCCCUGGGAGGAGCAGAAGGCAGUCUACGACGAACUGCGCCGAGGCGACGGGGAAAUCAAUCUUCUUCUGGUGACCCCUGAGAAGCUGAAGGGAAGUUCGCUGCUGCGCUCCUGUCUCCACGAGCUCAACCGCGAGGGCCGCCUCGAUCGCUUCGCCAUCGACGAGGCGCACUGCGUGAGUCAGUGGGGCAACGACUUCAGGCCCGACUACCGGCAGCUCCAGAGUCUCCGAGAAGAGUACCCAAACGUCCCGCUUGUUGCCUUGACUGCAACGGCCACGAAGGCGGUCCUCCAGGACGUGAUUGCGCAACUCAGAAUGCAGGAGCCUGUCGUCUUCCAAGGAUCUUUCGACCGGCCGAACCUCAGGUACGAGGUCAGACCCAAAGUGACGAAGCGAAUUAUUGAAGACAUCGCCACAACCAUCAAAACCGAAUUUGACGGUCUCUCAGGCAUUGUCUACUGCUUGAGUCGACGAGAGUGCGAACGCGUCGCGGAAGGCCUUCAGAAGCAUGCAAGAAUUUCGGCUGGUUUCUACCAUGCUCAGCUUGACCCGGAAAAGCGCGAAGAGAUCCAGCGAGACUGGAUGAACGACGACAUAAAGGUGAUUGUUGCGACAUUGGCCUUCGGCAUGGGUAUCAACAAGCGAGAUGUGCGAUUUGUCAUUCACUGCGCUAUGCCCAAGUGCCUCGAAAACUUCUAUCAGGAGUCUGGUCGAGCGGGGCGAAACGGCGACGAAGCCUCUUGCAUUCUGUUCUACAACUACCACGACAAGCAGCGGCAAUCGCACCUGAUUCAGCUAAACAGCGCUGACGGUCCUUCAGGUUGCCGGAGACACGACGACGGCCAGGCCUCUCGGAACGAGGAAAAUCUCCUGCCGAUGCUGGCCUACUGUGAAGAGGAAGACGAAUGCAGAAGGCGGUUCAUCCUCAGGCAUUUUGGCGAAGACUUCCGAGGGACAUGCGCGGUCGCCUGCGAUAACUGCCGACGAAGAGCCACGCGCGUCGGGCCGCCGAGAGUCAUGCGGUGCGCCGACGAAGUCGCUCAGAUCCUCGACCUCGUUCGUCGUUGCAAAGCUGACUGUCCUAGCUUCCCUCUCACGCUGUCUUCUCUCCGCGAUCUUCUUCUCGGGAAACGAAAUACGCGCCGCGGAGCUGACGUCGAGCGACUGCCCCACUUCGGCUUAUUAGCGAAGAGAGCGUGGAGCCCAGAGACAGCCUUUCGCCUGUUAAAACGCCUCAUCAUUCACCAGAUCCUGCACGAGCGUUGCGUCACCACAAGCUCCUCUGGAGGCUCGUCAGGCUUCUCGGGGUUCACCGCGUAUGUCGAUUUAGGCCGACAGGCCGGACAGGCUUCCAGCUGCGUCUCUGCCUGGACUCUACCGCUCCUUGGAGUAGACGGUGCGUCGCGGGAGAAGCGCGGGGGGGCUGCGCCUAGCCGCCAAGGCGACAGGAAGCGAAGCGUCGAGGGGAAAGGUUGGCAGACGGCGAAAAAGCGGAGACUGGACGGGGCGGACUCCGGAGACAGGCUUUUUCCUGGGGACGCGACUUCCACGCUCUCGCCUCCGUCGUCUCCCGCCCGCUCGCUUUCUUCGUGGGCGACUUCGAGCGCGGCUCUCAGGGCCCAGGCCGGCGCCGCCAGUGCGACAGAGGAAUUGCAUGCGCUCGCCGGCAAGGCACUCCCGGUUGCGGGGUUCGAAUCGAAAGGCGCUCUCAAGGCCCCGAUGCGUGGCCCGUCAGGGAGACGCCAGGGGGGGAGUUCUCCCUCAGCUUCGGUCGCUUCUGCAGAUCGCCGGCCGGCUCUUCCCCAGGCGCUUGCAGCUGAGGGCGGGGCGCCUCGUGAGGGAUCUCGUGGAGAAGAUGCUGACGCGCGGGCGUGGAAAGAGAGAGGCGAAGAUGCGAGCACGAGUCGCGGCGCCCAACCGGUAGGCGGGGGACCACUGUCGGAGGCGCAAAGAAGCGAACUGAAAGGGAAACUGCACGAGCUUCGCAAGGAGUCCGCCAAGGUGUAUGGCAUCAAGAACUCAUCGUCGAUCGUCAGCCUUCAGGGCCUAGAACAGAUGGUCACGCACCUCCCGAGGUGUCGCGAAGACCUCGAGGCGCUCGAACUGCCUGAUUUCAAGAGCCAAUAUAAGCUGAACAAGUACAGCACGGUCUUUACUGAUGCGAUUCGCCAGUACAUCGUGGAGCGGAAUCUCGAGGGAGUCCUGCGUUCCUCAGGCGCUGUGUCAGGGAGGCCUGGCUCGCCUCGGCGCGGGCCGGGGAGUGUAACUACAGACACUUUGGAUUUCAUCAGUCGCGUCCAACAGCGCGCGGAGCCUUCGCGCGAAGGCUACAUUCGCAUCGGCGGCGAUACCGUUUCCUCUGGACAGAGCAGCGGAACUGUCGACGCCCGGUGGGUACGCCCCAUGAGUCUCGCUGAGCGCAUUGGCGACCGAGCCGCGCGCGUGCACGAGAGCGAUGCCGGCGGUUCCGCGGUCUCAGGCAGCGGCCCAGCGCGGGUUUCCUCGCACCAUCGAGCUGCUUGUUCUUCGUCGAAGUCUUCGUCGCUGGCGGCAGACUCCAGCAUCUCGCGGCGCAAAGGCCGAGCGGGGCGUGCGGAACCGGGAGGCUGCGAGCUUUUGGAGACGCGCACCACGACGGCGGUCUGCCUCGGCGGUCCUCGACUCGUCGGCGCGUCCCGAUAUUUCGCGGACAAAAACAAAGAGAACACCAAACAAGCAUCUACAUCGAUAUUCAAUAACCCUGUGCCGCACGCAGCCGCAUGGCCUCAUGAGGGGAACACUGAGGCGAAGGAGAGACAGAAUCGCGCUUCGCGAUCAGCGAGUUAUGUCAGUGUAGAAGAACUAGACGAUUUCACUUUUCUCUAG